AAGUGGUGGAUUAGGAGGCUUUCCUGGAGGUGGUGCAUCCAAUAGUAAUUAUAGAAAUGAUGGGUUAGGAGGUACUGCUGCAGGUAAUACAUCUAGUGGUAUUCAUGCAAGCGGUGGAUUAGGAGGCUUUCCUGGAGGUGGUGUAUCCAAUAGUAAUUAUAGAAAUGAUGGGUUAGGUGGUACUGCUGCAGGUAAUACAUCUAGUGGUAUGCAUGCAAGUGGUGGACUAGGCGGCACUCCUGGAAGUCAAGCAUUUAAUUUUAAUUCUAAAACUGGUGGGUUCAGAGCUGUUCCUGGCGGUGGUGCAUCCAGUAGCAGUCAUAGAAGUGAUGGAUUAGGAGAUACUGCUGCAGGUGGUGCACCCGGUGGUAUGCAUGCAAGUACUGGACUAGGAGGUACUCCUGGAAGUCAAGCAUUGCAUUUUAAUUUUGAAAGUAGUGGGUUCAAAGGUGUUUCUGGAGGUGGUGCAUCCAGUAGCAGUCAUAGAAGUGAAGGAUUAGGAGGUAAUACUGCAGGUGGUGUAUCUGGUAGCAGUAGUGCAAGUGGAAGACAGGGAGGUAUUCCUGGACGUGAUGUAUCUACCGGUCGUGAUGGGAAUAAUGAACCAAAAACUAUUCCUGGAGAUAGUUUAUCGAGGGGUAAUAAUAGAAGUGAUGGAUUAGGAGGCACUACCGAAGGUGGCGAACCCAGUGGUAGAUCAGGUGGUACUACUGGAGUUAGUGGAUCCAGUGGUAGUCAUGGAAGUAGUGGAUCAGGAGGUAAUGCUGGUAGUAGCGGAUCAAAUCGUUUUGGUGAUUACGGAAAAUUUUCAAAACGUUUAAAUGCUAAAUCCAAUAAAUUUAGACGACUAGUUGAACGUCAAUCUGAAUCAAUGUCUGAAUUUUCAAGUAAUGUUUGA